CACUUUCCUGGGCAGUCAUCACCAGGACCAAACACUCUACUGCACGGACACAGACCCAGGACCCAGGACCCAGAUCCAGGACACAGACCCAGGACACAGACCAAGGACACAGGACACAGACACAGGACACAGACCCAGGAUCAGACAGGCAGCAGAUCAGGAUGCGUGUGGACCUGGUGGUGGUGUGGGUUGCCCUUGUGACUCUCUCUCUCCCCGCUCUCUCAACUGCCGACCCACUGUAUGUGAUGUCGGCUCCCAACCUGAUGAGGGUGGGUGCCCCAGAGAAUGUGUUUGUGGAGGCACAGGACUACACUGGCGGAGAUCUGGCUGUGAAGAUCACGGUGAUGAACUACCCACAGAAGAGCACUGAGUUGACGUCAAAGUCUGUCACCCUGAACAAGGCCAACCAGUACAUGUUGCUCACAGACAUCACGAUUCCAGACGGGAAGGAACACUUUGAGGAGGACGAAAGUGUGAACCAGUAUGUGUACCUGAUAGCCCAGUUCCCAGGGAAGGUGAUGGAGAGAGUGGUGCUGGUCUCCUUUCAGUCCGGGUACAUCUUCGUGCAGACCGACAAGACCAUAUACACACCAAACAGCAUGGUGUUCUACAGGGUCUUCUCACUAAGUCCCGCCCUGCAUCCAGUGGAGAGUGGCAUCUCUGUAGAGAUCAUGACACCCGAUGGAAUAACAAUCCACAAGGAGACGGUUUAUCCAAAGGGAGGUAUCAAGUCUGGGGACCACAAGCUGCCUGAACUUGUCAGUUUUGGAACCUGGAAGGUGGUGACGAGGUUCAUUGGAACACCGCAGAGGAAUUUCACCGCCGAGUUUGAGGUCAAAGAAUACGUUCUUCCCAGCUUUGAGGUGUCCCUGACCCCAGGAAAGGCUUUCUAUUAUGUUGAUGACGAAUACAUGGCGGUUGAUAUUGUUGCCAGAUACUUGUAUGGGAAGGAGGUGGAUGGCACUGGCUUCGUAGCGUUUGGCGUGAUGACCAAGGAGAAUGAGAAGAGGAGUCUGGCAGCCUCACUCCAGCGGGUUGAUAUAAGGGAAGGUAAAGGCCAAGCGAUCUUGAGGAAGGAACACAUCACACAGACCUUCCCAAACAUCAAUGAUCUGGUCGGCUCCACGAUCUUCAUUUCUGUCAGUGUUCUGACAGAGACAGGCAGUGAGAUGGUGGAGGCUCAUAAGAAAGGCAUCCCCAUCGUCACGUCGCCCUACACCAUCCACUUCAAGAGGACCCCCAAGUACUUCAAGCCAGGAAUGCCCUUCGACGUAUCGGUGUAUGUGACCAACCCAGACAACUCUCCGGCAGAGAGAGUGGAUGUGGAGGUGACGGCUGUAGGCCAGCCGAUGAUGGGAACCACUCGGAAGGACGGUAUUGCUCGGGUCACCGUCAACACGCAAGGCGGCGCUAACAAGCUGCCAAUAACGGUGAUGACAAAGGAUCCUGGUCUUACCAACGAGCGACAGGCCCGAAAUAGUAUGACAGCGCUGCCAUACGAGCCUGCAAGGGGCUCCCAGAACUAUCUCCACAUUGGCAUUGACGCGGCUGACCUAGCGAUCGGGGACCCGGUCAAGGUCACCUUGAACGUAGGAGCAAGCCCUGGAGCACAGAACCAGGACUUCACUUACCUUAUCCUGAACAAAGGGCAGCUGGUGAAGGCUGAGCGGUUCAAGAGGCAAGGCCAGGCUGUGGUGACUCUGCCCUUACAAGUGACCAAGGACAUGAUCCCCUCCUUCCGCAUCGUGGCGUACUACCAUGUGGGAUCGGCAGAGGUGGUGUCUGACUCAGUCUGGGUGGACGUCCAGGAUACAUGCAUGGGAACGCUGAAAGUGGAGCCCUCUCGUCCCGUUCAAGUCUACUCUCCUCGUCAGCCAUUCAGUCUAAAGAUUACAGGAGACCCAGGGGCCAGAGUGGGACUGGUGGCUGUGGACAAGGGGGUCUACGUCCUCAACAACAAACACAGACUCACCCAGACCAAGAUCUGGGACGUGAUAGAGAAGUAUGACACGGGCUGCACGGCGGGCAGUGGGAAGAACAGCAUGGGAGUGUUCUAUGACGCCGGACUCAUCUUCCAGAGCAGUACAGCCGGAGGCACUGAACCACGCCAAGUGGCCACCUGUCCUAAGCCAGCACAGAGAAGACGCAGAGCCAUCACCAUUCAGGACCUGCACAACUCACUCACGGGCAAAUACAGUGGCACAGAGCGUCAGUGUUGCGUGGACGGGAUGAAGGACAACAUCAUGGGCUUCUCGUGUGAACGUCGCGCGGAGUACAUCUCGGACGGAGCGACGUGUGUUCAGGCCUUCCUCCACUGCUGUAACGAGAUGUCCAGCAAGAAGGCAGAGGCCAGGGAAGAGGACUUAAUGCUUGCACGAAGCGAUGAUGAUGACGAUGCUUUCUACUCCGAGUCGGACGACAUCGUGUCCCGUUCCCAGUUCCCAGAGAGCUGGCUUUGGGAGGAUGAUGAUAAGGACAUGACACUACCUGAAUGCCCCAAAGGAGAUGCUAACUGCGCUACCACUGAACUGACAAAGAGGAGCUUCCUGAAAGACUCAAUUACCAGCUGGGUGGUCACAGCCGUCAGCAUAUCUAAAACACACGGUAUCUGUGUGGCGGACCCAUAUGAGAUGGUUGUUUUGAAGGAUUUCUUCAUAGACCUGAAGUUGCCCUACUCUGCAGUCCGUAACGAGCAGAUCGAAAUCAAGGCCAUACUGUACAACUACAACGACUACGAAAUCAAGGUGCGUCUGGAGCUCUUUGAGAACAAGGACAUCUGCAGCAUUGCCACCAAGAAGACCAAGUACCGCACCACUAUCGAGAGGCUGGCCCCCAUGUCGUCCUGGGCAGUUCCCUACGUGAUCAUCCCCAUGGAACUGGGCAAGCACACCAUCGAGGUCAAGGCGGCCGUGUACGACUCCCACCUCACCGAUGGUGUCAAGAAGGACCUUCUGGUUGUGUCUGAGGGCGUAAGAACCGAGAAAGCUGUGACUAAAAUCGUCCUGGACCCUGCUGGAGGGGAACAGAAAGAGUAUAUUCAGAGCGAAAUCCCUAGGAAACAAGUGCCCAACACACCAGCCAGCACCUACUUCACUGUCUCAGGAGAGCAACUAAGUCUGACCAUUGAGAAGGCCAUUACUGGGGACUCCAUGGGCUCCCUGAUAGUGCAGCCGAGGGGAUGCGGAGAGCAGAACAUGAUAUACAUGACCCUUCCCCUCACCGCCACAAACUACUUGGACAAGACGGUCCAGUGGGAGAACGUGGGACUGGAGAAGAGAGCAGAGGCUGUGAAAUACAUCAACUUGGGUUACCAGCAGCAGUUGGCCUUCCGUAAGGCAGACGGGGGCUUUGCGGUGUGGAAAGACAAACCAAGUAGCGCUUGGCUGACAGCGUAUGUGGCUAAGGUCUUCUCCAUCGCCAGUGAAAUCAUCAGCAUUGAGGAUAAGGUCAUCUGUGAAGCUCUCAAAUGGCUGGUCCUGAACUCGCAGCAGCCCGACGGCAUCUUCAAGGAGACCUUCAAUGUGUACCACGGCGAGAUGGUGGGCAAUGUGAGAGGAAAGGAUGCGGAUGCUUCCAUGACUGCGUUUGUGCUGAUCGCCAUGCAGGAGGGCAGGAGGCUUUGCAUCGAGAAAGUUGCUAGUCUUCCAGGCAGCAUGGAAAAGGCCACAAAGUACCUUGAGGGCCGACUGAGCACUCUGACCAAUCCCUAUGCGGUCGCCAUGGUUUCGUAUGCCCUAGCCAAUGAGGGCAAACUGAACCAGGAAGUCUUGUUCAAACACUCCACAGGCAAUACUCACUGGGAGGUGGCCGGAAACAACCAGUUUACCCUGGAGGCCACAGCUUAUGCCCUGCUGGCUCUGGUGAGGGCUGGGGAGUUUGAAAAGGCAGCUCCCAUCGUCCACUGGCUCAACCAACAGCAGUUUUUCGGAGGUGGCUAUGGAUCCACACAGUCGACCAUCAUGGUAUUCCAGGCGGUAGCAGAGUACACUUCCCAGGCCAAGCAGCAGGAUCAGAAUUUGGAGAUCGAGCUUAAAGUGUCUGGCCGCAGCAAGCCUGUUAAAUGGACCUUCACUAAGUCUAACUCCUUCCUAACCCGGUCAGACAAGAUGGAUUUGAACCAGAACCUCACAGUACUUGCUACUGGAACUGGACAGGCAACUCUAUCGGUAAUGACUCUCUACUACGCCCAGCCAAGUGAAAUAGAUAUGGACUGCAAGAUGUUCGAUUUGAGUGUCACGCUGGAAAAGCAAAACAAAGUGUCACUUGAGGGAGCUCUUGAGACCUGGCUGCUGACAAUCAAUGUCCUGUAUCUCCACAAGGAUCGGCCGGCUACAAUGUCAAUUCUGGAUAUCGGCCUGCUCACCGGCUUCAACGUGGAUAGUACUGAUCUCACCAAACUCUCCACGGGUAAAGAAAGGUACAUCGAGAAGUUUGAGAUGGACAAGAUGCUAUCCCCGAAGGGUUCACUGAUCAUCUACCUGGACCAGGUGUCCAACAAAAGAGAAGAUAAAAUCGCAUUCAGGCUCCACAAGAUGAUGAAUGUGGGUCUUCUUCAGCCGGGAUCUGUGACUGUGUAUGAAUACCUCGACAUGGGUAAGGAAUAUACGAGAUGCUGA